UACCACCUCGUGAUUCCUGAAAUGAGAACAUGGUAAUGCCUCAGAAAGUGUCUGCUUAACGCCACACAAGGGACGUGUGAAACAUGCACUUCCUGACUGCGAUCCACCGGCCACAUUUAUUCUGGCCGUAUCAGGAUGAAACCGUGACACGUGAGCUUUAAAUGACUGGAAAGUACAAACGCAGGGACUGUGCAGACGUGGCAGAGGGCUGACUCUGGAGAAGUGGUUGUGCUGCAGGUGAUAAAGCCUAAAUAGGUUUGAACGAGUGUCCAAGGAUGCAGAGCACAGCUUGCACUUCCAGUCCGUUCACUCAGGCUACCUGUAAUUCAGACAAACAUCAAAAUAGGUAACUUGAAAAAAAAGGAAACUUACAAAGUGAAGAGUUGGUGCGUACGGUUCAGAUGGGUUCGCAGUUAGUCAGGAGACAUUACUUCUACUUGAUCUUCUACUUGAUCUAUUGUUAUAUUUCGGUCACACUUCUGAUGCUGAGAUUUGCACAUACCUUGAACUGGUGCAGAAGAGGUCGCACAGAUCCUGCCAGGAAAGGUUAAACACAUGGAAUUUAUUUUCAAAUUAUGAUGAACGUGAUAAUCAAAUGGCGUUUUGAAAUGGACGCCCUUUACUCCUCAACACUGUUGCUCAGAAUGACAAAGUUGUCAUAUCCAGCGCGCUGUGAUGCCAUAUAAUACCAGAGAGCGCGUGCUGCUUUCAGAAGUAAAGGAUGAGUAGUGUGUCUCGGUUUGUCAGUCCCUGACUGCCCAGGGCAAAUUUGUUGGAUCACCCUUCUCAACAUACUACGAUUUUAUGCAACGUCGAAUGAAAAACUAAACUGUCACACAUCCAGCAACUGCGUUCAUUAAAACAUUUCAGCGAUAUUUGAAACACGUCGUGUUCUGCAUGUUUGUCACCACAGAGCGGCUUGUUCCACGGGCCUCAAGGUGACGGCAGUGACGAAGCAGCGGCGCUCCAGAUAGUUACCAAGUCUGCUUGUAAUAUCGCAACAUGCAGCUUCAUGCAUGUAUUCACAGCGUCUAACAAAAGUUAACUAUAUCUAUUCAGCUUUUACUGAGCUUUUGUACUCAGCGGUUCACGCGCGGAGCUUUCAGAUCCUGAUGUCGGGUCCCGGCUCAAUACAGAACACGACACAGAGGUGGAGUUUUCUUAAAGUCCGAGUUCACCAAAAUCAGCCAUUUUCUUCUAAACACCUUCAAUAAGUCAUAAAUGUGUUUCUUUACAACAUAUAAAAGCCAUUCCUCCAUUUAUGAUUUAAUUUUGCAGGUAGACUUCACAGACUUUUUUCACCGCUUCUGUGUUCAGGAUUUAAUGGGCGGGUCAGAAAUUAGCAUAAACCCGCCCCCCGGACGCUGAGCGAUAUAAAAACAUCUAGCGUAUUAGCAUCGGCGGUUUUCCCGCUAGCUUUCGAGUCUGGGACAGCAUCUCGUACGACAGUUUGCAGCUAGCUAACCAGCCAGCUAACCAGGCCUGUCCCCUCCACGCCGCUCUGCGUCUUCCCUGGGUCCACAGUGUGCAGGGGAACGCUGCCGUGAGCUACAUAAACCCGCGCCGCCCGCCUCGCGGGCUGCCCUCGUCCCCGGGGGGCGUCGGCUCACCCCGGGCCCGCCACCGCGCCGAGGCGCGGCCGGGUCAGGGAGACCUUCUCCCCGGGGGUCGCGGGGGUUCCUCCGCUGGGCGGUGUCCGACGCCGCCGCGAAAGGCGGGUCGGUUUCAGAGGGGGUCGGCGGUCGGCGGUCGGCGGCGGCGACUCCGGACGCGCGCCGGGCCCUUCCCGCGGAUCUCCCCCGCCGCGGACCCUCGGCUCCCCCGCCCGGAGCCGCGGGUCGACUCGGCUGGCGCCUCGCAGCUGGCUGAGAGCUGGUGCGGACCGGAGGAAUCCCACUGGUUCAUUAAAACUAGUGAUGGGUCCGGCAACACCGAUGCGUCGACGCAUGCGUCGAGCUCAUAGAACGAAACCCCGUGUCGGUGCGCGUAUCGCUUUAAGAAAGUCACGUGACCGAUACGGGAACUGUUUCGAACGGACACUGACGCGCCAAACUGUGUUUAUAAGGGAAGCGCAUCUGUCAUGUAUCGGGAUGUACGGGCCAUCUCUGAGAGACGAAUUUCUGAUUUACUCGGACAUGAUCAUCCUCAAACUCGUCAAGAGUUAUGGAGCCUCAAGCAAAGAGAAAGGCUUCCGCCGUGUGGGACCAUUUUGAUGUUGUGUCGGAAAAUAAGGUCAAAUGUCGCAUUUGUUCGACAGAACUCUCGUAUUUGAACAAAAGCACCUCCUCAAUGCUGAGGCAUUAUCGGGCAAAGCAUGAAAAUGAAGUCCCAGAUACACCCAGGAUAAACUCAGUUAAGUCGACCCUCUGUGCCUUUUCCUUCCUACUCUCCUGGUCUCUGCUUCCAGAAAGCAGAUGCUUGAUGAGGCUCUGCUCAGUUUCAUCCUGAAGGACUGCCAGCCCCUCAGCAUUGUGGAGAAUGAAGGCUUCAGGGAACUGGUUCAGGUCUUUGAGCCCUCAUAUGUUUUGCCAACCAGAAAGACCAUCAAACAAAUGGUGGCCAAAAAGUACGAGGAGGAACGGGAACGAGUGAAAAUGGAAGUACAGCAAGCUGUGGCAGUGAGUAUAACAGCUGACAUGUGGACGUCUGUGAACAUGGAGGCUUACUUGGCUCUUACUUGUCACUACAUCAAUGAGAAUUUGCAGUUGUGUACAUCUGUGUUGGGUGUGCAAUACUUUCCACAAAGUCACACUGCAGACAAUUUGGCCCAGGUCAAAAGGGGCAUGAUGGAGGACUGGGCAAUAACCAAUAAAGUGAAGUGUCUUGUGACUGACGCAGCACCAAACAUGAUUGCAUCCACGAGACAGCUCCAAAUUCGGCACUCUAUUUGCAUUGCACAUAGUCUCAAUUUAUUGGUUAAAAAAUCAUGUGAUCAGAUCCCCACACUUACAUCCAUCAGACACAAAGCAAGGAACAUUGUCACAUACUUCAGAUCAAGCACUACAGCCAAGGAGAAGCUUGCUCAAGUGCAGCAACAGAUGGGACGACCAACCCUGAAACUUAUCAAUGAGGUGCCAACACGAUGGAACAGCACGUAUCAAAUGCUUUCAAGGCUGCAUGAUGAGAGGGAACCAGUGUGGGUAUCUCUGGCCUCUCUGAAAACAGAUUUGACUCCACUUACAGCUGAUGAGUAUACCAUCAUAGGAGAAACACUUCUUGUGCUUGCUCCUUUCCAUCAAGCUACAGUGGAGUUGUCUGAAGAGAGGCGAGUGUCAGGGUCAAAGGUCAUCCCGAUGAUGAAAAUGCUAUAUCAUGCACUAGAGCGUAAUGCUUCAACCUUGCACACACAGGCAGCCAUACAUCUACAUGAACACCUGAAGCGUCGAGUCACAGACACUGCUUCCACUGUGGAGUCAUUAAGUGUGUUGACCCUAGCAACACUUCUAGACCCCAGAUUCAAAUCACUCGGGUUCCGCAGUUCCUCUAAGUGCAAUGAGGCCAUCAGCAGACUGCGGUCAGAAUGUGCGUCCUACACCCGGGUUUGGAUCCCGGACCCGGACGAGGUCUGGAGAGCCGCAGAGAUCACCAGAGACUACAAGGAGGGAGAACCCACUCUUCAUCUGCAGCUGGAGGAUGGAACA